UAAUAUCGUACAAUAGUUGGUAAUCAUUGUAACAUCAAAGAGAAUUUGUUACAAUAAUAUUUGAAUCAAAGAAAUAACUAAAUCCAAUUCCCUAUAAUCAUAUUUAACACCAUAAAAAAACAAACUAGUAUGGAAUCCAAUUGUUUACAAAGUACAAUUGCAAAUGUACAAGCAAAAUUUGAAGAUGUUCGACAACUAUUGGAUGAUCAUGAAAAACUCAGGACAGAAUGCGAACCGUAUAAAAUAAAAUAUCAGGCAAUUGAAAUUUUACAAUCAUUGAAAACAGAUCUGAUCAACGUCUUAACAAACAUGCCAGAGGAAGAGAAAGAGGAAGUGAUCAUAAUGCUUGGUGUAGUGCACUUGAAACUUGGUUUAUUACAUACUGAUACGGAAGAAUUGAAAGCAGGUGAAGAACAAUUCAUGAAAUGUAUAAAAUUAUUGAAAAAUAAGGAACUAGAACCAAAAGUUAUUUUGUCAAUAUUAAGUGCUUUAAAUCAAUUGGGUAUUAUAUGGUCUAGAUGGAAUCAACCAAUGAAAGCAAAAAGUUUUUUAGAUCAAGCUGAGAAAUUGUACAAUGACUUUAUGAAUACUAAUAAUCCAUGUAGAUACCCUAUUAAUAUAGUCCAAAAUUUUGGAAUCGAACAGGUUAACGAUGAAUUAAAUCCUAAAGAAAUAAUGGAAAAAAUUCAUACCUUGACAUUAUAUUAUUUAGCUCAGGUAUAUAGUUCCUUGAAAGAUCAUUAUCAGUCUGCAAUAUAUUGCCAUAUGACUUUGCGCAGACAGUUAGGUCAUAAUGAUAUUAUGCAAGACUUAGAUUAUAUUGAUUGGGCACUAAAUGCAGCAACAUUAUCACAAUAUUUUAUAGAAAAUGAUGGUUUCCCUCAAGCAAAACAUCAUUUAGCAGCUGCAUCUUACAUACUACAAAUAUAUGAAAAUAUGUUGAAACAAAAAACAGAAGAUAAUGGUGAAGAUGAAGCACUUGCAGCUGAAUGGGAAAAUUUUAAACAUAGAAGUGCAGAUGUUGCCAGGUGUUGGGCUAAAUAUGGAAUUUUACUUAUGAGUUUAUCAAAACAAAGGCUUCUACAAAAAAAUGAGUCAAAACAGGAUAAUAAUCAGAUAGAUAAUAAGGAUUUCUCAAAAUUAAAAAUAAUUGACGAUUUAAGAUUCAAUAUCUUAGAAAAAGAGAUAGAAGCAAUUGCCAAUCAAAUAACUGAUAAAUACUUGUUAGACUUUGCUGAUGCAAGAUUAGUCUUCUUAAAUGCUCAAAAAUGGCUAGAGCAAGCAAAAACAUAUUAUACUUUAGAAAAUCAUGCAUCUGAUCACAUACUGAUUGUACAAAGUAUUUCUCAAGCUUAUAAAUAUUUGUCAUUUUUUGAGGAGAACGAAGCUAGACAAGCAAAAAUGCACAAAAAGAGAAUAGAUAUUUUAGAAAAUGUUAUCAAAGAAUUAAAUCCUCGUUAUUAUGAAUCUGCUUGCAGGCAAAUUUGGGUUGAAUUAGGAGAAACAUAUUCUGACAUUCUUGAUAUAAAACUUGAUCGCUUACGAAGCUCUGAUGAAAAACCUACACCACAGGCAUUAACAAAAAUUAAUCACUUAGUAAAAAGUUCUAUAAAAAAUUUUCAAGCAUUUCUCGAUUCCUUACAAAUUCAUAAUUCUAAUUCUGGACCAGAACAGUUUUCUAAUGAAUUAGUGCAACCAGCUUUGUUUUCUUAUUUCCACCUUGGUAGAUUGUACAAUAAAAUAAUAACUCCUGACAAAACAAUUCAAUUGGAAAACAUGCAAAAUAGUUAUAAUGCAUAUAAAUUCGUAAUUGAUUAUUGGAAAAAAUACCCCAAUGCGGCUGAUGUGAUGGGAGUUGAACUAAAUCUAUGCAAAGAAUUGGUAAAUUUGUUACCAAUGAAAAUAAACAUGUUACGAGAAGGAAUAAUAAAUAAAUAAAGCUAUAUUCCAUUAAUGCAGAGAUCUUAAUCUUAAUAUUUAUGUAAAUUUUAAAUCACUUUUUAUAAGUAACAUUUUGGUGCAGUAUUAUCUAUUUUGUUU